GUACACUAUUGAUUCUCUUUCUUCUUGCAGCAUAGCACAACACAGCAGUUACGCAAGGUCUUUAUUUGUUCUUCCUCAAGCACCGGCAACGCAAACGGAUGCAUUACAAAAAAUAAAAUGAGAUAAGAAAUUAAAAGAAGACGACGUUCUCUCUUGGUUUUGAUUCCCAAUGGCAACGCGAAAGCUGAUUCGUGAUUUGUUACUCUCCAAACGAUCCCUUCUUCACCACCAGGGUUGGAGUAGGAGUAGAAGGUUACCUUUGGUUUGGGAAGAUAGGCGUAGAUACAGUGUCUUCAAUGAGUUCUCUAAGAACAUUAAAGGCCAAGCUGUUAGAAACCAAGAAUUCCAACAGUCUGUCAAGGAGCUGAAAGAAAAAGCAGAUGAACUUAAAGGGGUAAAAGAAGAGCUGAAAGAAAGAACAAAGCAAAAAACUGAGAAGCUGUACAAACAAGUGGAUGAAGCGUGGACAGAAGCUGAAGCUGCUGCAAAGAAGGUUUCUUACAAUGUUAAAGAGAAGAUUUCAGCUGCAUCAGAGGAGGUGAAGGAAACUUUUGGGAUAGGAAAGCAGGAUUCUUCAGGAUCAACUGAUUCUUCAACAAAACAGGGUGCUGAUGCAAAUGGAGGAAAUCAGACAUCACGUGAGGAAGAGAAAAAUCAGCAAUCUGGGUCUAGUAAGGAUGCUGAUUCGUUGUUUGGCAAAUUUAAAUCAACUAUUUCCUCUCCAAAUGUUUCUGCUGCCUUCCAAAAAUUAAAGGAUGCAAAGUUAGUUGACAUAACCAAAAAAGGUUAUGACAUAGUAAAAGAGGAGUUAAGUAGUACCCCGACUAAGAGAAAGCGAGUUCCUUUUGCAUCAAGUGGUGAAACAAGUACAAGAACAGAUCUUGUUGUUAUGCCAUCUAAACAAUCUUGGUGGAGUAAGAAGUUUGAUGAGUUCAGGGAGAAGGUGAAAGGCCAUCCAGUAUCCAAGCGAUUCCUUAAGUAUAGUGACCCAGUGAAGACAAAGGGCCAGGAGAUAGUAGAGGACUUGCGGGAAAGAUAUGAGACCAGUGACAGCCCCAUUAUUCACAAAAUACAGGAUAUCAAUGACAGUAUGUUUCAAGAGACAGAUGCUGCAAUUUCUUACAAGGAAAUACGUCAACGGGAUCCUUAUUUUUCAUUACCAGAAUUUGUUGGGGAAGUACAGGAGGCAAUAAAACCAGUGCUUAAUGCUUACAUCAAGGGAGACGUUGAAACAUUAAAGAAGUAUUGUAGCCCUGAGCUGAUUGAACGUUGUAAAGCAGAGCAUAAUGCUUACCAAAGUCAUGGUAUAUUCUUUGAUAACAAGAUUCUGCAUGUAUCUGAUCUGGAAAUAAGAGAGACCAAGAUGAUGGGCUCAUCUCCAGUAAUUAUUGUAAUGUUUCAAACUCAGCAAAUCUAUUGUGUACGUGAUAGGAAUGGGGCAAUUACAGAAGGAGGCAAGGAUACAAUCCACACUGUAUUCUAUUUUUGGGCAUUACAACAAAUGGACCAAGAAGAUCGUGGAGAAGAUGGUAUUUACCUAAUGUGGAGACUCAGAGAGAUGCAACAGCAAGGCAUCCAAGCUCUCAUCUAGAUUUUGUCAUGAUUUUCAGGGAUUUGUAUAAUUGAACCUUUAUGUCAUAUACUACAUUUACUGAUUUCAUUUCUUGGGGCAAAGUUGUAUCCCGAUGAUACAUCCUUUAAUUUUUUUUAUUACUAACUAGAAAAAUAAUUUGCACUUGAGUUCAUUGAUGUAUGUUAGAUGAGCUAGACAACGUUUUUAUUCUGCUCUCAAGCCAGAAAUGACAAAUUGUUAAUAUAGUCACAAGUUAUUUA